CUUGUCAGCAUUGUGUUCAUACCAAUCUAAUGAAUAUGGUGAGCUCCACUGAGAAACUUUUUGGCAAGAAGGUUCUGGUAGUCGGGGGCAGCUCUGGGAUUGGUUACGGGGCAGCAAGUAUUAUUCUUCACUAUGGCGCUAUUGUUACAAUAGUAUCUUCAUCGGAGGAGAAGAUUCAGUCAGCAAAAAAGCGACUAGGCAGCGAUAAGGUUCGAGGGGCUGUAGGAGACGUUCGAGAAGAAGCUGCUUUCACCGACGUCUUACAAUCUUUGGGGCCCUUUGACCAUGUCAUAUUCUGCGGUGUGGAUAAAAUUAUCAGGGGAGAUAUCGUGGACGCAAAUCUCGACGAUGCCAAACAUCUCUUUGGGGUGAAGUUCUGGGGCGCUGUGGUAGUUGGCAAAGCAGCUGCAAAGUUCGACAUAAUCAACCGCGGUGGUUCUCUCACUCUCACCUCUGGGGCAGCAGCAUUGAAACCAGGAAAAGGUGCUGCGAUUGGCGGGGCACUCAAUGGUGCAGUGGUAUCGCUCACGCAGGGAUUGGCAAGUGAGUUAGCUCAUAAAGGGAUACGGGUCAAUACUGUUGUUCCUGGAUUGGUAAGAACCGAGCUUUGGGAUAAGCAGGGCCAGACAAAAGAGCAGCAGAAACAAAUAUUCGACUCCGUGUCCGGCAGCCUUCCGGUCGGGUUCGUGGCCAGUCCCGAGGAUAUCGCCGAGGCCUAUCUUUAUGCAGUUAGAGCUGACUAUGCGUGCGGAAGUCUCAUUGUCAUCGAUGGCGGAAGCAUUAUGUGAUGUAAACAAACCAGGUGAUAGAAGUAGAGG